UCUGAAUGAAUUCAGAUACUCCCAGAAAAUCCUUAAGAUACCCCCAGGUAGGCAAAAGUGCUCAGUGAAAGAGAAAUGAAGACUAUGGCUCCAAUGCAUGCCUGAUAUGGUGCCUCUGCAGUGACAGACAGAGAGGGAGAGAGUGGGAAAGAAAUGGGGCACACCUUGCACAGAACUGUGGGUGUGGGUUUUUUUGCAAAUGGAGUUGGCUGGAGCCUUUUAGAAUCCUUAGGUCCCAAACUUUGGAAGGCAGGAAGCAGGCCAAGGAAACUGUUCAUGUGGAAAGGAGGGCACCUCUUUCAGUGUCACCUCAGAUGUAACCAAGGAUGAUAAUGGCAAAGAAGAUAUUUCUCUGGAAAGUGGAGACAGGAGCCCAGGGAACAAAGAUUUAGAAAGCACCCCCACCCCACCUCAAUUAGCAGAUCUGGUGCUAAUUAAGCAGUCGUCCCCAGUUAUAAGACAGGAGGCCCUUGCAGUGUUUACUCAGUGGGUUUUAGAAAUGGUACAGACCAGUGAUUUCUGUAUACUCCUAGAAGUGCAGCAGACCAAGUUUCAUUCUACUGCCCAGGGCUGAUGCCCGAGUUCUGUGGGUGACUUCACAAUGCCCAAGAUGGUUCCCAGGAUCCUUUUGUAGUCUCAGGCUACCAUGUUGGCCACCCUGUGGCUGCUUAGCCUUUCUCUCCCCACUCUGUGGGCCCAGAUAUUAAUCAGUUGUGCCUAUAAGAGACUCUGCCAGCAGGCCCUAGUCUCAGGCAAUGAUGUCGUCCUGCAGUGUGACUAUCCCAAAGCACUCUGGUACUUCUCUUCCAUUCUAGGGGAAGAUCGCUUCCUGCUCUCCUCAAUGCCUCACAUAAAGAAACUGCCUGGGGGCAGCCUUCAACUGACCAACCCUCAGCCCUCCCAGACAGGCCUCUAUCACUGCCAGGACAAUGACAACACCCUUGUGGUAGAGUAUGAGAUUGAUUUCCAAGAUGCCACCGCCUUGCAUGUUACGCACGAAAGCCUGGGCCAAGAGCCCCUGCAAAAUGAGACCCUGAGACUGGGUGGCCACGUACUCGUCUUCACCCACUGGGAGCCCUGGCAGGACUGUAACCGCUGUGGGGGGCCUGGUGAGCGGAAACGCCUGGGGUAUUGCUACAUUGGGGAGCCCCAGGAAAAACCCAUGCCCUGUUGGCUCUGAGAGCGGAGAAGGCACAACACAGCCGUAUGCGGCCCGAUUUGCAGGUGGAAGCCUGUCUUGUACCCUGUGACCACGUUAAGGAAAUCAACCAGCCAUACUUCAUCUUUGAC